AUGGUCGUCAGCGGAGCUUGGCGAGAGGCUGACCUAGCAAACGGGAGUCAUCCGCCCGCCACCGCGCUCGACGCCGCUCGCACGCGCUCCCUCUUCCGCCUGAUCCACCUGCCAAAGACGGGCGGCACGAGCGUGGAGACCCUGCUCUCGCUCGGCCACCAGCCGCACCGCCGGCUAUCCAAGCUCGCCUGGUGGUGUGGAGCGCUGGACGCCUCGCCAUCGAUACGCGCCGCCGGCUGCAGCAGCGGCGUCGGCCGCUCCUCAUCGCCGUUCCUGCUCCCGCACGGCGUCGGCAUGCGCCAGCUGGCGCGGCGGCUCCGGCUCGCGGAGGCGUUUCUGGCGGACAACGCCGACGUCGUCGGGACGACGGACCAGCUCGACGAUGUCAUUGUUACCCUCUGCCACCUUGCCGGCGCUUCGGCCGCCGGAGUCGCGGCGGCUGCGGCCGCCGCCAGCGCAUCCCCGGCCGCCGCCGCCAACGGCACCGCCUGGGCGCGUCGGCUGGCGAGGGGCAACGUGCUGCCUCGGUACCCGCGCCGCGCGGAGCUCGCCGUAGAGGCGCCCAGCCUGCUCGCGAGUCUCGACGCCUCCAACGCGUACGACGCGAGGCUGCACGAGGCGGCGGUGCUCCUCGGAAGGCGAAACCGGCACCGUGUAGGUGCGGCGCGUUACGACGCGGCGCUGAGGGCGUUGCGCGCGCUGCGGCUGCCGGCGCGCUCGAAGGUGGCGGCGCCCGCGCGCUGGUACGCGCAGGAGCUGGCCGCGUUGCGCAGGCAGGAGGGGCGACACGAGUUGUGUGCAGCGGGGGGUGAUAGGGAUUGUCGGGGUGUGCGCGGAAGCUGCGCCACGGACAGCGAGAGGGGGUGGAGGGCCCUGCUCCCCCGCUUCUUGCUCCACCCCUUAGUUACGAUGGGUGCGUCCCUCCUCAGCUUGGGGCCACAUCGAUCCUGCUGAAUACUACUCAUUUACGUCUGUUUUCGCACU